AUGGCUUCCAACCAUAACAACCGAUUUCCGACUUCAACACCGAUUCCUCCCAGUCUUCAGGCAAAGCUCGCUGCUUUCCAGGCAAACCGCGCCGCACCAACAAAUAAUGCAGUCCGUUCUCUCGAAGAUGCCAUGAACGGCGUCUCCAUUGCUCCUCCCGCCGUCCCACCGCCCCCGCUCAAGCCAGGGCCCAGUCUCGCCGCCCGGAUGCAGGCCCUCCGAGGCCAGUCCACUCCCGGCCGUCGUCCAAAACCCGCCUUCUCUCUUCACGACAUCGAUCCAUCCCUCGGCGGCAUAUCGGACGCAGGUCUCGGCGCAGGCCGCCCCCGCCCUCCCCUCUCCCUCCACUCUGCCGCCAAACCACCAGCCUUUGCUACUCCCUUUGCAAACUUUUCAAAGAUCGUCGAUCCCUCUGGCGCUCUCAACUUUAGCGGAAAAGCUAUCCUUCACGCUAGCGGCGUCAACUUUGAGAACGGCUCAAGCUUUGCGAUUAAUAGGGAUCAGCUCCAGCUCGACGACGAGGAGCUCGGAAGAGGCAACUAUGGCACAGUCAAGAAAGUCCUACACAAGCCAACAAACGUCGCAAUGGCUAUGAAGGAAAUCAGAGACUCGAUCCAGGCAAACUCACCAGCAAUCAUCAUGGAACUCGACGUCCUCCACCGCGCAGUCGCACCAGAAAUCGUCGAAUUCUACGGCGCAUUUUUCAUCGAAAGCUGUGUCUACUACUGUAUGGAAUACAUGGACGCCGGCUCUCUAGAUAAACUCAUCCAAUCCAACUCACAACCACCCCAGCCUCAAAUCCCCAAACCACCGUCCUCGGACCCCAUCCAGACAGACGCUUCGUCGCCAGAAUACUCUUUCGCGAUGCCUUUCGUUGAGGAGGACCUCGAUUUGACCAAGGAUGAAAACUUUGAACCCUACAACCGCGCCUUCAACCGUACCUGUCCCCCUCCAAUACCCAGCACCUACUCUGGCGGCCCCAUCCCCGAAGCCAUCCUCGGCCGUAUCGCAGCCUCCAUGGUCCGUGGUCUCAAAUUCCUCAAAGACGAACUCAAUAUCAUUCACCGCGACGUCAAACCGACCAACGUGCUCGUCAAUUGCAAAGGCCAAGUCAAACUUUGUGAUUUCGGUGUGAGCGGUCAGCUCGACAAGAGUAUGGCCAAGACAAACAUCGGAUGCCAGAGCUACAUGGCUCCUGAGCGCAUUCGUGGAGAAAGCAGGGUCGUUGGUGCAGUCCCUGCCUCAGAAGGUGGGACAGGUACUGCGGCCGCCGCUCAGGGUGGUGUACCGGGCACAGCGGCAUUGGCGGACGAGCUCUAUGGGGCGUACACUGUUUCCAGUGAUGUGUGGAGUCUGGGGCUGUCGAUUAUUGAGCUGGGGCUGGGGAGGUAUCCUUACCCUCCGGAAACUUACUCAAAUGUCUUUGCUCAGCUGACGGCGAUUGUCCAUGGCCCGCCACCUUGUUUGCCGAGCGGUCCCCCUCCUCCCUUAUCCCCCGACGAUGAUUCCUCGUUUGAAGAACCCGUCCUACCACCCACGUUGGAUGAUCAAGACCCCCUGAUUUCACCCACGACGGGUAGGCAGAGGCCAGGGUAUUCACCAUUCGCCCGCGAUUGGGUGAACAAGUGCAUGAGGAAGGAUGCAAAGGAGCGGGCAACAUACAAAGAGCUCUUGGAACACCCAUGGUUGAUUCGCAACGGCCAGGUCGACGUCGACAUGGAGGGUUGGGUCAGGUGCGCCCUCGACGCAAAGGAGAGAGCCAAAGCUGGGCGGGGGAGGUAA